AUGAGAACAAGCUGGGCCCGGGCAGCACAGGAAGGGGAGGAGGAGGAGAAGGAGGCGGCUCCAUCCCGGAGGCAGCCGGAGGGGUGCGAGGUGAGCGGGACAGACCCCGUCCUCUCGGCUCCCUGCGGACGAGGACACUGCAGGAGCACCAGGGACAUGGCAAUGGGUGCGUGGCUGAUGCUGCUGCUGGUGGUGGUGGUGGCAGCCCCGGCACACUCAGCAGCACCCCGGCACAUCGCGGUGCUGCCCGAUGCCGGGGGCAGCGGGGACGGUGAGGAGGUCUCGGCUGUGCCACCCACCCUCUAUGUGACACCGGGGACCGGCCCGACAGCGGGGGACGUGGUGGGGACCACGGUGACCAACAGCUCCACGCCGCGCGGCAUGCUGGACGGGCUGGUGGCCUUCUUCAAGGAGUACCUGCUGCUGGUGGUGGUGGUGGGCUCGCUGGCCUUCGUCCUCCUCUUCAUCAUCUGCGCCGCCGUCAUCGUCCGGCAGAAGCACAAGGCAUCUGCGUACUACCCCUCCUCCUUCCCCAAGAAGAAGUACGUGGAUGAGCGGGACAAGGUGGGGGGACCCCGCGCCUUCAGUGAGGUGCCUGAUAAAGCCCCCGGGGCUGAGGAGCAGCUCGACUGCGGGCAGCAGCUGCAGGCAGACAUCCUCGCUGCAGCCCAGAGCCUCAAAUCCCCCCCGAAGGCAUCGCUGGCCAAUGGGGGCCAGGGGGAGAAGAGCCCACCCCAUAACGAGGAAGAGGAAGGAGGCAAGAAGAUGAGGGAUGAGCAGCCCCCUUCCCAAACCCCGUGUGUUGAGGAUGCAACGGAUGGAGCCCCUGAUGCACCCCAGGAUGGUCCCACAGCCCCUGCUGGCAAGUAGGGCAGGGACCCAGUCCUUGGUGAUCCCGAGGAGCCGCCCGCUCGUUGGAUCCCUGUGGAUACAUGAUGGACAUGGUGGUGCUUUGCUGCUCUGUGUGUACGUGGUGGCUCAAGGAAGCCCCGAUGAAGCCCCCGCUCCCUGCCUGACCCCUUGGCAAAUCCCUGGGGGUCUCUGGUGCUUCCCCCUCAGCCCCAUUGCUCCGGCUGCCCAUGGGGCUUCCCCCCUCCCCACCAGCUCCAGCUCGUUCCCCCCUUUGAGCUCUCUCCUAAAUGUUAUUUUACUACUUAGAAGCAUCCUGAGC